AUGGUUCGUUCAACCGCAUACAAGGCCAUCGCGGCCGCCUCUUUCUUUUCACGGCUCUCCUCCGCGGCGAUCACGGCAUGCCCAAACAAUGAAGCCGAGUGGAAGUCGCCCAUUGGCGUCAAGUACACCGUCUGCCCUGGUUCCGACUACCAGCUCGGUGGCGUUAGUCUCCAAUACGUCCGAAAUAUCCAGACUACGGUCGAGUGCGUUCAGAUCUGCGACAAGGAUGCCCGUUGCAGCAAAGCCGUCUACGACAAGCAGCUCAAAGUUUGCCAGGUCAAGGACAGCAAGAACGAGAUGAACUGGGUCGCCGACGACCGCUUCGACGCCAUACGCAUGACAAACGACUUCGCCGAGGGCACAUUCCUCGCCACCUGCCCCUUCGAAGAGGAGAGCUACCACGUUCCCAACGGCAAAAUCGACUACCGCGUCUGCCGCAACACCGACUACACCGGCAAAAGCGCCAAGAUUGUCCAAGCUGUGACCACCAUUCAAGCCUGCGCAGAGCUCUGCUCAAACACUCAGAACUGCAAGAAGGCCGUCUUUGAUAACAUCAACAACGUCUGCCACAUCAAGGCCGCCGAGCCUGAGACGUCUCUCUUCUGGGUUCAGAACAAGCAAUUCGACACCAUCCACGUCCCUGAGAACAUCAACCCGGCUGUUCAAGGCAAGUGGGGCGAUCUCAUCCGCCUGCCCGUGAUUCCCGUUGCGGCUUUCAUUGUCCCAUCCUACCCCGAGCCCAGCAGACUGCUGUUCUUCUCCUCGUGGGGUGUCGACGCCUUUGGCGGUGCUUCCGGCAUGACCCAGUACGGCGACUACAACUUCGCUACUGGCAAGAUCUCUGAGCGCGCCGUCACCAACACCCACCACGACAUGUUUUGUCCCGGCAUCACCCAGCUUCAGGAUGGCCGCAUCGUCAUCCAGGGCGGCUCUGACGCCGACGCCGUCAGCAUCUACGACCCGGCCACCAACGGCUUCACCCGUGGCCCCGACCUGAAGGUCGCUCGCGGCUACCAGACCGCCACCCUCCUCUCCAGCGGCAAGAUCUUCACCAUCGGCGGGGCGUACUCCGGCAAGCGCGAGGGCAAGAACGGCGAGGUGUACGAUCCCGUCGCCAACGAGUGGACCUACCUCCCUGGCGCCGACGUCACCCCGAUCCUGACCAACGACCACGAGGGUAUCUGGCGCGAGGACAACCACGCUUGGCUCUUUGGAUGGAAGAAAAACAGCAUCUUCCAGGCCGGUCCGAGCAAGGACCAGCAUUGGUUCGGCAUCGAGGGCACCGGCUCCGUCAAAAAGGCCGGCACCCGCGACAACGACGACGCCAUGUGCGGCACCUGGGUCAUGUACGACGCCGUCGCCGGCAAGAUCCUCUCGGCCGGCGGCAGCCCGGACUACACGGACAGCGUCGCCACCGUGCACGCUCACAUCACUACCAUUGGGGAGCCGGGAACCCCUUCGGAAGUCGAGCGUGUGGCGGACAUGGCCUUUCCCCGCGGCUUCGCCAACGCCGUGGUCCUCCCCGACGGUCAGGUCCUCGUCACGGGCGGCCAGCGCAAGUCUUUGGUUUUCACCAACACGGACGGCAUCCUCAUCGCCGAGCUCUUCAACCCGGAGACCAAGGAGUGGAAGCAGAUGGCGCCCAUGGCCGUGCCGCGCAACUACCACUCCGUCUCCAUCCUUAUGCCCGACGCCACCGUCUUCACCGGUGGCGGCGGCUUGUGCUACGUCCAGAAGAUCUUCGGAUCGACCGCCGGCUGCGACAAGACGGUCGACCACGCCGACGGCGAGAUCUUUGAGCCGCCUUACCUGUAUAACGCCGACGGCAGCAAGGCCACGCGGCCCGUCAUCUCUGCCAUUGGCGAGGAGGCCGUCAAGGCUGGCGCAACGAUCAAGUUUUCCGUCGAGGGCGUCGAGGCGGGCGGCAAGGGCUGCAAGGUUUCGCUCAUCCGCACCGGUAGCGUCACGCACUCUUCCAACACGGACCAGCGCCGCAUCCCCCUCGACAACGUGCAGGUCGACGGCCAGGCGUUCUCUGCCAAGCUGCCCGAGGACUAUGGCAUCUUGCUUCCCGGGUUCUACUACCUGUUUGUGUCUAAUGCGCAGGGUACGCCCAGCAUUGCGAAGACGGUGCACGUUGUCUUGUAA